AUGGAUGCUCUCUGCGAACAAAUAGAUAAGUUAACCGUUGAUUAUCUUGAAGAAUUUGGUCAUUUACUUGCUUGUAAAACAUUACUUGAUGAUACAAUUAAACAAGGCUAUUUUAAUAUUUCGCGUGCACGCAUUAUAAUGGGUGUUAAUAAUCUUUCACGUUUGCAAUAUUCUGAAAAAGAUCCAAUGAUAGCUUCGACAAAAAUAUCUAUGACAUCAUCACCAUUUAAUAUUGAGAAAAAUAUGGACAAAGAACAUAGUGACGAUGCGUUGAAAUGGUUUGGUUUGUUAAGUCCAUUGGCAUUAAAACAAAGUCAAAAAUCUUUUCAACAAACAAUUGAUUUAUCAUUAGAAGCUUGUCGACGACAAGAAAAUAUUUUACAAUUAAAAAGCCGAAUAGAACAAUUAUUAAAAGAGAAAAAAAUAUUUUUAACUAAAGAAAAUUUUAAUGAAAAUAAAAAAGAUGAAUAA